CACUCGCUAGUUACAUGCAUCUAUCGAUCGGUUCACGUGAAAAGUAAAAUGGAAGCAGUACCGGGAAUAAUCUUUCGAACGGCAAUCUUAGCUGAUCGGGAAAACUGUCGGAAUGCGUUGGAAAGAUAUUUCUAUCCCGAGGAACCGGUUACGCAAAGCUACUACGGUGGAAGUGAAGUAACAGAAGACGAUAUGGAAUUCUCGCUUUCGAUUAUCGAUGCUGGCUUUGUAGUACUAGCAGAGGAAGAAACCAGCGGGAAAAUCCUUGGUCUCUCAGCUGGGGGAAUUAUUGAGCCGAAUGAGGCACAAAUACUAAAUGAUCAGGCCUCGAAAACAGAAACACAAAAGUUUUCCGAUAUUUUGCGCUUCCUGGCAUAUAUGGCUAGUGAAUCCAUGGUCUGUGAACGAUUCAAGGUAACCAAAGCUUACCACAUUCAUUGUUUAGCAGUAGAUCCAGAGGCACGAGGAAGAUCACUUGGAAAACGUCUAAUGGAGAAACAAUUUGAACUGGCUGCAAAAAACGGUAUCAAGUUAAUCAGUUCCGACGCAACCGGAAUAUACUCAGCAAGACUCUUUCAGCAGCUGGGGAUGGAGUGUGUUUGUACGGUGCCCUAUGCCGUCUAUCGCAAUAGUGCAGGGCAGCAGAUCUUUCUGAGCUGUAAACCACAUUUGGAGGCGAAAACGUUUGUUAAAUGUUUGAAGUGAUAUCGGUUGCAAUAAACUUAUUCACUCGGUGCUGUUAACGCGUUACUUGUUAUUAUUUUGUUCUACAUAUUGCAAUACUUUGUUUUGUUGCGCUUGGAACUUCUUUGUUCUAUUAAACUUGGAGGUUAGAGUUAUAUCACUAUUUUCCACCGUUUUACAUAGCGUUAUCAAUAAUAUCAGGCUACAUAUGUAUAUUAGAAUUUUCUUAUAUGUCUGUGUUCGAUAUUAUCUGUUCGAGCCAGAUCCUUUAAAGUGACAAAUUCUAGCAGCCCAAGCUUCCUAAUGGAAAUUCUUAUCUAAUCUCCGGUAGAACAAUGUGCAAUAAUUGAGUUAGAAAAGACCAAAUCGUUUUUUGUACCUACACCGUGUUCAA